AUGAUCUCUGACCUGUGGCCGAAUAUCCUGAUCCCGACGGCCUCGGCCGUCGGCGUAAUCUUUGCACUGAUCCUGUGGAAGCGUGUGGCCAACAUCAAGGUCGCGGGCGGCAGCGUGGUGUCCAGCCAGAACGGCCGGAGCUACCUGCUGGAGGAGGAGCAGAGGGGCGACGAUGAGAUCGUCCAGAAGGCCGCGGACAUCCAGGAGGCCAUCAGCGAGGGCUCCAACUCCUUCCUCUUCACCGAGUACAAGUACCUCGGCGUGUUCAUGGUGGGCACCAUCAACUCAUAUAACAUUCUCUUGAGCAACCCAUGCGCUCACCACGCCGUGUCCCUCUGCCCUAUUUGA